AAAAGUUUUUUUUUAAACGAGAAAUCAAAGUGUGUUUAUUUUUUUAAACUUGCCACUGAAUGAAGUCUGACGAGAAACAAAAAUCAAAUCGAUCGUAAAAAGUUUUGUGCAUGGCGGUUUUAUGCGCCAUGGUUUUACAUAUCCGCGAUCAAGAUGAUUUGCGGCUUAGGAGCGUGGAAUACCUAAUCUUGAAGAAUUGAUAUUAUCAUUCAUGUAAAAAAUUAUACGAGAUGAACUCUUGUUGUGCAGAAAGAUCAGAAACGCCGCGUUCGCUGCUAAUGCAGCAACUAAUACCAGCAGUGUCACGACCCGCACCACCUUGGUCGGCUGUCGCAAUAAUCGAUCUGAAGAUGCAGGAACUGUUGUCAGAGCAUUUUGCGGGGAAAUAUCUGAUACUUCUCUUCUAUCCAUGCGACUUCUCAUUUACGUGCCCCACCGAACUUAUCCAAUUUAGUGAUCGUAUUGCUGAAUUUCGAGCUCUUGGUACGAAGUUAUAUUUUUCUUCCCCGUUUAAUGACAGUAUAAAUAAAAUUUUCAAUAACGGAGUCAAUAAAGAGUAUUCGUAAAAAAAAAAAUUCGUGAAACAAAAUUUUAUAAAGAAGUUAUUUUACUUAUCAAACUGCUUUGUUUCGAGUUUUUAUACUUAUGUGAUAAUGUUUUUCUCUUAUCAUUAAUUCCUGCGUUUUAUACUAGGCUCGGAGGUAGUAGCAGUCUCAACAGAUUCUGAAUUCUCGCACUUCGCGUGGGUGAUGACCCCACGUAAACAAGGAGGCUUGGGCGAAAUGAAGAUUCCACUGCUCUCCGAUAAGAGUCAUCAAAUAGCGCGGGAUUACGGCGUAUUAAAUGAGAAACAAGGGUAUGCAUAUAGAGCUCUAUUCAUUAUAGAUAGACAGCAAAUUAUACGCCACGUGACGAUAAAUGACCAAGAUCUACCGCGAUCAGUGGAUGAGGUAUUGCGAGUUAUAAAAGCUUGUUGUUUCGUGGAUAAAAACGGCAGUCUGUGUCCUUAUGGACCAGUGCCGACGAAUAACGCCUUAGGAGAAGAAGAUUAUUUCAGCACGACUUGAUCUCGAUUGUGUGUCAAUUCUUAUAUUCCUCAAUUGUGAUGAACGCAAUCUUUCAUUAAUUAUAUGGUUUACAUCAAAGUGAAUGAUCAUUCAAGACUUUAAUUGAAUUGAAGCAAUCACUCACGGUAAUAUCAUGGCAGCUAAUAUCAAUGGCGGGAAAUAUUA